UGUGCUUCAAACUUUGUUGUAACACUUUGGGGAAGAACCACAUAUGGGUGUGAUGGUCAGGUCACGUGUCCACAUACUUUUUGUCAUAUAGUGCAGGAGCUUUAUUCAAGGCUCUGUCUGCGGGGAUCCGCUUCUUACGUCAUCACUAGUGCGCGUGCCCGAGAGCGCGCGACGCCAGCCAGAGCCUGCGAGCUUCGUAACGUUUCACUUCCAAGCGAGCUAGCUGGUUUAACUGGUGUUGUUAAAUAAGGUUAGCUAUUAGACAGGCCAUAUUUCUGUCAGAUACACAGACAGCAGCGUCACGUACGAACCGCGGCGUCAUGAAGAAGCGAAGAGAAAGUUGCGGCUAGCUGUGUUGCUAGCUGUGUUGCUAGCUGUAUGUUGGUGUAUUUCAGGGAAGCGCCACCCUCGCCUCAUCAUCAGCGCGCGAGGCUUGGGAUCCGCUCACUGAGGAGGGCUGCGUCGGCUUUAUAAUGGCGACUGGUUUGUUCACGCGAUUUGUUUGUCUUUGUAGAUACUUGCAGGACCCUUGCCAUGUCGCCAGGUUUCAGCAGCUGUGCGGGGUCAGAGGCACGUUCUCCCGCAGAUCAGCGGCGGCGGCGGAGAAGGAGAGCGGGCGGGAUGCGUCUCCUAACGGUGCGUGCGUGAAGCGGUGUGACGCUGAUCAGGAACGGGACACUGAGGCCAGGAAGUGCCUCAGACAACACGAUCCGGUUAACGGCGAGAGCCAGGAGGUUCCUGUGAACAGCCCUGGUGCUGAAAAAUUAGAUUCAAAAGGAAGAGUGAAGCCUCUCCGUAAGAACUCUCUGACUGAUGAUGUUGGCCAGGAGUUCAUUAUCGAGAACAAGUUCCUCUUCUACCUGUUCACCAUGGGCACCGAACUGGGCAAUGAGAUGUUCUUCAUCGUGUUCUUCCCGUUCCUGAUGUGGAACGUGGACGCGUGUGUGAGCCGGCAGGUGAUCGUAGUGUGGGUCUGGGUUCUGUUCUUCGGACAGACCACCAAAGACCUGGUGCGGUGGACACGACCUGCCUCUCCACCCGUGGUCAAAGUGGAGGUCUUCUACAACUUUGAGUACAGCAUGCCGUCUGUGCAUGCCAUGACCGGAGCCUCUGUCCCUUUCUGCCUCUUCCUGCUCACUUACAACCGCUGGGAGUACCCUUUCCUGUUUGGACUGAGUGUGGCCAUAUGCUGGAGUUUCCUGGUAUGCAUAAGCAGAAUCUACAUGGGAAUGCAUUCUGUCUUGGAGGUGAUCACAGGCUUCGUGUACAGCUUGCUGAUACUGGCUGGCUUUCUCCCUGUGCUGGACGAUAUCGACACAUUCUACUUAUCAAGCAGCGCGGCUCCUGCACUCAUUCUGCUGCUGCACGUGGGCCUGGCCAUGCUCGCCUUCUCUCUGGAUUCAUGGAGUACGUCCCGGGCUGACACUGCCCAGGCUCUGGCUACCGGUGCAGGGGGUGCACUGGCAAGCCACCUCAAUCAGCUGCUGAGCCUGCAGCCCGACCCACCUGCGUCCUCGCUACCCCUGAAGAUGCCCUCCAUCACCGGUGCACUGCUGGGACGCUCUCUCCUGCGCUUGCUGAUUGGCGUGGCAGCUCUGCUGGCUGUACGCGCGAUCAUGAAGGCCAUCGCCAUCCCACUGGCCUGCCAGUUAUUCGGCGUACCCUCUAAUGAUGUACGCAAGGCACGGCAGAACCCACGAGUAGAGCUUACUUACCGCUUCCUGGUUUAUGGAACAGUGGCCUUUUGCUGUGUCUUCCUUGUGCCGCUGCUCUUCCUCUGCCUGAAUCUGUCUUAAAGAAACUAUUCGGCUUCUACCUUAGCCAAUAAUGUGGUAUCACUUUUAAGUCUCUGGGAACACUCUGGGCCCUAAUAACAGUUUUCCAGAAAACAUUUCUGGGAGUAGGCUGUCUACCAAGCUGACAUUCGAAGGCAAAGAAACCACUAAACUCUAACAAGUAAAUAUGUUUUUUUAUUAUUAUUAUUUUUCAUCUUGUCUGAUUUUAUUGUCACUUAUUAAUAUGUCAAUUUUAACUGUUUCUAUCCUUAAUCUUUUUAAAUCUUUCUUUAAUAAACCAAAGUGUCAUUGAUUUUGCAAGAACACAGAGGAUAAAUAUUAGACCAGGCAGCUUUUUUGCACAGCUCUAUAAAAAGAAUGAUGGGUUGGUCAACAUCGGUAAUCAGACUGUAAAGAAAUCAUGAAUUUUAAAGUGAGGUGUACAGAAAUUCAUUAGUGACUGUUAAAAAAAAAAAAAAAAACUUUAUCUCAUGUUAAAAAUCCAUAACUGUACUGACCAAUUGCUAAUUCCUUACAGACUAUAGCCCAUUUGUUGCAAGCCAAAAUAUGGCAGCAUCCACACUUAAUUUUUCCACCAACAAGCGAGCCAUGUACACACGCAGAAUUUGUUUACCUUUACCUUCUUCUACCAUGAGAUACAAGGCAGGACAUAUGGGUGGAGCUGAAAAAUUGUGCAGACCAUUAACUGGUCAAAUGCAAUCACACGGAGUCAGCUGAUUAGUUAUCUGACUGCAUAGCGUUAUGUGACAUGCACUAGGCCAGGACACGGAUUUGUUGCUGAGCCGCGCUGUUUGGUUGUAAUCUGCUAAAAUUACUGUCAGUAAUUGUGUGCCUACACAGCGCAUCUGUACGGGUGUGGUGUAGCUACGACAUAGCUGUACACUGGCUAUGUCUCAGAGGUGAACAAAAGCUUAUGCUGCAGUACUCAACAACAUAAUGUUUAUAAGCAUUUCUGCUUUGUAAUGUGAGGAUCCUGUUUGUUUUAUCUCCACCCGUCUGCUCAACAGCCUUCCUACCUACACCCAUCCUGCACCAUUGUGUUCUACAGUACAUUGGCUCCUUUCCCACCAGAUCGAGCCUGAGCACACGCACAAGCUCUGCCUACCAAUGUUAAACUUAUAUAUACAAACCCACUCCUGAGGGUUUUCCCCUGUUAGGCCUUUCUUUGUCUCCUAAUUUGAAUAAACUUGAUCUUGAAGCAUGUUUUUUUUUCUGUGCAGAAAAAAAUGUUUCAGAGCAGCUCAAUGCAAAGUUGGACUCUGUGUUUGAAGAACGCUGUUUUCACACUAGUUAUAUGUGGUCAUACUUGAUGAUGCAGAGUGUCUUUAAGUUCUCCUUUUUGUUUUGUUUUCUUUGCAUUUCAUACUAAAUAGAUAAGUGUUGAGAGAACAAGGGGAAGAUGACUUCCUAUUUCUUCAUUUUGUGUGCAUAAAUUCAUACAUGCCCAAUCUAUAUCUCUGGACUCCGGCCCUGUGGCCUCCAGUCUCACGGAUCAUGUCAUGUCUGCAAGGCUGCAGGGCUGCUGAGAGGAUUUCAGCUUGAGUCGUUUCCAUGGAUAACAUUUAAUCGCUUUAUAUAUAUAUUAAUGUAUUAUAACAUUUAUGCAUUUAUCUUAACAAUCAAUCAAUGUCUUAAAAGUUCAAGGCACAUGAAUUGUGUUACUUGCAUUGAAAUAUCUUUAUUAGUGGUUUGUCCGUCAUGUUUCAUCUCAAACCUGCAUCCCAAGUAAACCCUCUCGAAGUUAACAAAAGGUCUGUAUUAUCCCUCUUACAGCCCAGAUAAACGAGAGAAUUAGACAGUAGGCUUUCUCAGAAAUGCACAGAUUCAGUCUGGAUUUGUGUCUGCAAAUCCAGAAGAGACUGGAGAUUUAGAUUGGGCAAUAGAAACCUGUUGGUGGAUAUUGAUUAAAAAGCCAUGAAAUGUGUCUUACUUGAAUGACAUUUUACUGAAAAUGUCUACAUGUACUGUUUCUCAUUUAUGUUACGUGUGUCCUGGUAAGUCCAUAGUGAUUUUUAAUUACACUGCUUUAACUGCACAGCUCCAUGCCACAGUAUGUGUGUAUUUCCUUAUCUGUCUGAAAAAUAGAGUGAGGAAGUGGAAGGUCCAGAGAGAUGUAUUCACGCAAAGUGGUCAGUAUUUGUCUUAAAGUAUUACUCCGCAUAAAUUGCAUUAUGUUGUGGAAAACUCUUUAUCUCAGUCUGUUGGUAUGUGAUUGAAAUGUUAAGAGAUUAUGUUGAGUUUUUAUUAAGACAGAUUCAAGUGUCUGGUAUGCAGCACACCUUACACCACAGACCUUAUGCUACUAAAAUAACAAUGAUUCGCUCAUUCUGCUCUGUUUGUAGUCCAGGUCUUAUGGACGGACUACAGCACCAUGUGCUUGUACUAUACAGAAGCCAUAACCAGUGUUUGGUGGUUAAAAGAUAAUGUUGUAAUACCUGUGAUAUGCACUGCUGUUAAUUUGGACAAAAAAUUCUUUCCCAAAAAAAACUGUAAAAUAUGUAGUUUGCAUAAAAAAACCUGUCAUUAGAUACUCAUUGUGUUUUAAAUUAAUAUGUCACUGAUAUGAAUAUGUAAACUAGGGCACAAUAAAUAUAGUAUUUGAACAUC